CUCGAAGAAAAGAGGAGGCUGCAAAAUCGAGCGGAGCGCUUCGGUGUUCUUUCGCGAAUUCCACGAGAGCAGCAGCUGAUCCUCCUCUGCUUCGAAUUCGAACUAGGAACAUCCAUCGAUCGAAUCCCGAUGCAGCAUCGGAAGAAGAACUUCAGGAAGCGGUCUCUCGACGAGGAAGAAGGCGAAGCAGGAGGACAGAACAAGCCGGAAAGCAGCCGCUCCGAUGACGAAGAAGAACGGAGAUUGGCGUUGGAGGAGGUGAAGUUCCUGCAGAAGCAGAGGGAGAGGAGAUCCGGGAUCCCCGCCGUCCUGGCGCCUCAGAAGAGCGACGUCGGGGCGCGCGUGGGCUUGGCGGCGAAGCCGGUCGAGAAGACCGAGGUCGAUGGCGAGAAGGAGGACUUGGUUCUCCAGGACACGUUUGCGCAGGAGACGGCGGUCAUGGUCGAAGAUCCUAACAUGGUGAAGUAUGUUGAGCAAGAAUUGGCGAAGAAAAGGGGCAGGAGUGUUAAUGACAGUGAUCAAGUUGAGAAUGAUAUAAAGAAUGCGGAAGAUGAAUUGUACAAGAUUCCAGAGCAUCUUAAAGUGAAGAAGCGAACUUCAGAUGAAGGCUCUACCCAGUGGACAACUGGGAUUGCUGAGGUUCAGCUUCCUAUUGAAUACAAGUUAAGAAACAUUGAGGAGACAGAGGCUGCUAAAAAGCUUCUGCAGGAGAAGAGGCUCAUGGGAAGGACAAAAUCCGACUUUAAUAUCCCAGCAAGUUACAGUGCAGAUUAUUUUCAUCGCGGCAGAGAUUAUGCUGAAAAACUUAGAAGAGAUCACCCUGAGCUGUACAAGGACCGUGGUUCCCAGGAUGAUGGUGCUGGAUCAAAACCAGCUGAUGAUAACGCUGAUGCACCUGGACAAAGGCAAGCUGCAACAGAUGAAUUUAUGCUAGAGCGUUUUCGAAGACGGGAGCGCCACCGGGGUAUGAGGAGAUAAAAUAUGAUUGGUUUUUUGCUUCACGGAGCUGCAUUUGUAUGGACAGUUAUGCAUCUAAAACUAGAAAGACAUUGGCUCCAAGAACAGAAACUUUGGGCAAAGCCGACUUUCUCUGAUCAGUUGCUUUUGAGUUAUUCAACGGAGGGCCGCCUCUUGUUCAUCAUUAACUGGACAUGGAUUUCCGUUUUGUGGAAUCCUGAGCCUUUUAGUCCUGAUGGAAAGUUCAUUCUCUAAUGUGUCAUUUUUUUCUGAAGGAUUCAUGUAAGAACCUUGUGAUCAAAUCUAGAAUAUGUCUAUUUUUCUUCGA